AUGUCUUGGUUCUGGCUUGCAAGGCUCGGGGUCUUUGCCUGGGUUUCUUUAUGUGGCCUCCUUGUGCUCGCGAUCGGCGGUAACGUCGACAGUAGCUUCCACUGGAUUGGAGGAACUCCCUCUUGGGCUGAUUUGGCCAUCGCGACUGGGGUUUUCGCCCUGUUCACGUUGCCCGCAAUGCUCAUAAUAGAGCUCAUCAUAUCCGAUACAGUUUUCACCUCAUGGAUCAUCGUCGAGAUCGUAUGGCUGAACUUCCUUUGGAUUCUUUUUCUGGCAACUGGAGCGGACGCCGCUACAAUCACGGUGUGCACCGGGGACCUUGUCUCCGUUUGCCCCAAAGCGCAAGCCGUCGCAGCGUUCGGGUUCCUCGGUUGGAUUCCUCUAAUGGGCUAUGCCAUCACUCUGAUGGUACUGAGCAUCAUCAGCGCUCGAAGAGGAAUCAACGUCUGGACAUCCUCGGUGAAGAAGACAAACUUUGCCUUCUCCAGCCCGGGAAAGACAACUGAGCCUAUGGGCCAAAUCCCUAUGGCUGAUGCACCUGUGCAGCAGGUCUGA